CAGAUUGUGGCUCAGGUGGAAAACGACGCUGUCACUCUGUACUGUAGGUGUGGUUGCUCGCGGCGCCCCCUGCUGGUGAUGGCCGGCGCCACCUCGUCCCUCCGUAGAGUCACGUGACACCAGCGGCAAGAAGCUGCGAACGGCACUGACUGUGGGGCUGCGCGAGCCUCAUCAUCAUCAUCACUACCACCACCACAACUACCGCAACGGCAGCGUAGUGAGCCAACCGAGCAACCGGGGUCUUUACCGAUUCGAGGAGCCGGGCGCCAUGGCGGGCCCCCGUUAAAAACGAGACCCAGAUUUAUCCUCUUUGUUCUCCCUCGACGCCUCGUAGUCUUUCCGCGCCUCCGCCGAGGAGGGGCCGCCGAGGAGAAGCUCUCCCUUUCCGCUGAAGGAGGAGGCAGGAGUAGCAGCAGCAGCAGCAACAGCGGCGGCGGAGGAGGCGGCAGCAGUUUAACCGGGGAGGUGUUUUCUACGGCACAAGCCGAAUGGCGGACCGUGAGGCGUCGCCGAUACCGUUGGAGAUCCGAGCCCGGCUGGCGGAGCUAGAGCUGGAGCUGUCAGAGGGGGACAUCACUCAGAAGGGUUAUGAGAAGAAGAGGUCCAAACUGAUCAGGGCAUAUGUUCCACAUGCCGGAGGUAUGGAGGGGCCCAUGUCUCAUCGGGCCCCGCUUGGCCCUCCCUCUGCUGCCCGUUUCCACCGGCGGCGAACCUCUGGCACCAGAGAUGAGCGCUACCGAUCAGACGUCCACACUGAGGCGGUACAGGCCGUGCUGGCACGACACGUGGAGAGGAAGGUGGCGGUGCCGAUGCCUUCCAAAAGACGUUCGCUGGUGGUGCAGACCUCCAUGGAUGCAUACACGCCUCCAGGCCUGUCCCCCCUGUGCUCAGACUCGUCGUCGGGCUCAGAGGAGGAGGCGGGCCCAGGUGAUGACAUGUCGGGCAUGGAGCACUGGAUGAGCCGCCCCUCCCAUCUAGGCCCGGCCCACCUGGGCUCCACCUCCUCCUCGUCCUCGUCCACGCAGAGCGGAGGCAGCGGCAACGCUGGGCGGCUGGCCGACUCGCUGGCGCACACGCACAUCUCACAUCUGGCGCACACGCACCUGGGGCACACACACCUGGGCCAGCUGCACCACCAGCAGAGCCACCUGUCACAGUCACACCACGGUAUUGGCCACCUGUCUCUGAAGAGGAAGGGAGCUCUGAGUGUCGCAGAGAACGGAGGGUCUCUGCGACGAUCCUGUGAGUUUGGAUCUGACAUGCUGUGGCCACCGCCGCUGGAGUCAGACGAGAAUCACUCGGCCCCCCCGGACGUGACGGGCUACUCCUCGGACUCGUCCCACUCCCACACCGAGCGCCAUCACAUGGCCAAUAUGGGAACCAUUGCCAGGAACACACAGAAGUAUGGCAACGCAGAGCGCAUGGAGACCGGCGAUGGUGUUCCAGUCAGCAGUCGCGUGUCAGCUAAAAUCCAGCAGCUUGUGAACACGCUGAAGCAGCCUCGCAGACCUCCGCUACGAGAGUUCUUUGUCGAUGACUUUGAUGAACUUCUGGAGGUCCAGCAGCCGGACCCCAAUCAGCCACGGCCAGAGGGGGCGGAGAUGAUGCCAGUGCGGGGCGAGGCGCUGGGGGUGGUCACCAACUGGCCUCCGUCCCUGGAAGCUGCACUGCAACGCUGGGGGACCAUCUCCCCUAAAGCCCCCUGCCUCACUAGCCUGGACACAGCAGGAAAGCCCCUCUACGUCCUCACAUAUGGGAAGCUGUGGUCUCGCAGCAUCAAGCUUGCCUACAACAUCCUCCACAAACUGGGCAGCAAGCAGGAGCCCAUGGUGCGGCCGGGUGAUCGGGUGGCACUGGUGUUUCCUAACAAUGACCCUGUGGCCUUCAUGGUGGCCUUCUACGGCUGUCUGCUGGCUGAGGUGGUCCCUGUUCCCAUAGAGGUCCCACUAAGUCGCAAGGAUGCCGGCAGUCAGCAGAUUGGAUUCCUGUUGGGCAGCUGUGGUGUUACCGUGGCGCUGACCAGUGAUGCCUGCCAUAAGGGACUGCCCAAGAGUGCAACAGGAGAGAUCCCGCAGUUCAAAGGUUGGCCCAAGUUGUUGUGGUUUGUAACAGAGUCGAAGCACCUGUCCAAGCCUCCGAGAGACUGGUUCCCUCACAUCAAAGAUGCAAACAAUGACACUGCAUACAUAGAGUAUAAAACCUGUAAGGACGGCAGCGUGCUAGGAGUCACAGUGACGAGGAUCGCUCUGCUCACACACUGCCAGGCUCUCACCCAGUCCUGCAGCUACACCGAGGCGGAGACCAUAGUGAACGUUCUGGACUUUAAGAAAGAUGUGGGCCUGUGGCACGGCAUCCUGACGAGCGUGAUGAACAUGAUGCACGUGAUCAGCGUGCCCUACUCGCUGAUGAAGGUCAACCCUCUGUCAUGGAUCCAGAAAGUCUGUCAGUACAAAGCCAAGGUAGCGUGUGUGAAGUCCAGAGACAUGCACUGGGCUCUGGUGGCCCACAAAGACCAGAAGGACAUCAACCUGAGCUCGCUGCGCAUGCUGCUGGUGGCCGACGGAUCAAACCCCUGGUCCAUCUCCUCCUGCGACGCCUUCCUCAACGUCUUUCAGACUAAAGGGCUGAGAGCCGACGUCAUUUGUCCCUGUGCCAGCUCGCCAGAGGCCUUGACAGUGGCCAUCAGGAGGCCGGUGGAGGACAGCAGCCAGCCUCCGGGCCGAGGUGUCCUGUCCAUGCAGGGUCUGACCUACGGGGUCGUCAGGGUGGACACAGAGGAACGCCUCUCGGUGCUCACAGUACAGGAUGUUGGCACUGUCACACCAGGAGGCCUGGUGUGUGUGGUGAAACCAGAGGGCGUCCCUCAGCUCUGUCAGACGGAUGAGAUCGGUGAGUUCUGCGUCUGCUCCAUCGCUACCGGCACCUCCUACUACGGCCUCACGGGCAUGACCAAGAACACCUUUGAGGUUUACCCGGUGAGCUCCGGCGGGGGUUUGGUCAGUGAGUACGCCUUCGUGCGGACCGGCCUGCUGGGCUUCAUCGGCCCCGGUGGCCUCGUCUUUAUCACAGGCAAGAUGGACGGGCUCAUCAUGGUGAGCGGGCGAAGGCAUAACGCAGAUGACAUCGUUGCCACGGCGCUGGCGGUGGAGCCAAUGAAAUUUGUCUACAGGGGCAGGAUAGCGGUGUUCUCUGUAACAGUGCUGAGGGACGAGAGGAUCGUGGUGGUGGCUGAGCAGAGGCCCGACUCCACCGAGGAGGAUAGCUUCCAGUGGAUGAGCCGCGUGUUGCAGGCCAUUGACAGUAUCCACGGGGUGGGUGUGUUCUGCCUGGCUCUGGUCCCGGCCAACACUCUGCCCAAGACUCCUCUGGGCGGCAUCCACCUGUCUGAGAUCAAGCAGCUGUAUCUGGAAGGGGGGCUGCACCCCUGCAACGUCCUCAUGUGCCCCCACACCUGCGUCACCAACCUGCCCAAACCACGGCAGAAACAACCAGAGAUUGGACCUGCCUCUGUGAUGGUGGGGAAUCUGGUGUCAGGGAAGAGGAUUGCUCAGGCCAGCGGCAGAGAUUUGGGACAGACUGACGACAAUGACCAGUUCCUGUUCCUGUCGGAGGUUCUGCAGUGGAGGGCUCAGACCACACCAGACCACGUCCUCUACACCCUGCUCAGCUCCCGGGGGGCGGUGUCCAGUUCUCUCACCUGUCUGCAGCUCCAUAAGAGGGCGGAGCGAGUGGCAGCUCUGCUGAUGGAGAGAGCUGGUCUGCAGGAAGGAGAUCACGUUGCUCUGGUCUACCCUCCAGGUAUUGACUUGAUUGCAGCGUUCUACGGCUGCCUGUACGCCGGCUGUGUUCCAAUCACGGUGCGGCCACCUCACCCUCAGAACAUCUCCACCACCCUGCCCACCGUCAAGAUGAUCGUAGAGGUCAGUCACUCGGCCUGUGUGAUGACCACGGCGGUCAUCUGUAAGCUGCUGCGCUCCAAGGAGGCCACAGCCACCGUGGACAUCAGGAACUGGCCGCCUGUCCUCGACACUGAUGACCUGCCAAAGAAGAAGCCUCCAGCUCUUUAUAAGCCCACCAACCCUGACGGCCUCGCCUAUCUGGACUUCAGUGUGUCGACGACCGGCAUGCUGGCUGGAGUUCAGAUGUCCCAUAAUGCCGUUGGAGCCUUCUGUCGGUCAGUGAAACUGCAGUGUGAGCUGUACCCGUCCAGAGAAGUGGCCAUCUGCCUGGAUCCCUACUGCGGCCUUGGCUUCGUCCUCUGGUGUCUCUGCAGUGUGUAUUCAGGUCACCAGUCUAUCCUGAUUCCCCCGGUGGAGCUGGAGUCCAACCCGGCGCUGUGGCUGCUGGCCGUCAGCCAGCUGAGGGUGCGAGACACCUUCUGCUCCUACAGCGUCAUGGAGCUCUGCACCAAAGGACUCGGCCUGCAGACCGAGGCGCUCAAGGCUCGGGGUCUGGAUCUGUCCCGGGUUCGAGCUUGUGUUGUGGUGGCGGAGGAGAGGCCCAGGAUGUCACUCACACACUCCUUCUCUAAGCUCUUCAAAGACCUCGGCCUUCACCCACGAUCCGUCAGCACGGCCUUCGGCUGCAGAGUCAACCUGGCCAUCUGCCUGCAGGGCACUUCAGGACCAGACCCUACGACUGUGUAUGUGGACAUGAGAGCACUACGUCAUGACAGGGUUCGGUUGGUGGAGAGAGGUUCUCCUCACAGUCUGCCAUUAAUGGAGUCUGGCAAGAUCCUACCCGGAGUUCGUAUCAUCAUUGCCAACCCAGAGACCAAAGGACCGCUUGGAGACUCCCACCUCGGAGAGAUCUGGGUGCACAGCGCUCAUAACGGCAGCGGUUACUACAGCGGCUACGGCGAGGAGGUUCUUCAGUCUGAUCACUUUAACUCCAGACUCAGUUUCGGAGACACUCAGACGAUCUGGGCCAGGACGGGAUACCUGGGCUUCCUCCGCCGCACCGAGCUCACCGAUGCCAACGGAGAGAGACAUGAUGCUCUGUUCGUGGUGGGGGCUCUGGAGGAGGCCAUGGAGCUGAGGGGAAUGAGGUACCAUCCAAUCGACAUCGAGACCUCCGUCAUCCGUGCCCACAAGAGCAUCAUGGAGUGUGCGGUGUUCCCCUGGACCAACCUGCUGGUGGUGGUGGUGGAGCUGGAGGGCUCCGAGCAGGAGGCCCUGGACCUGGUUCCCAUGGUGACCAAGGCAGUGCUGGAGGAGCACUACCUGAUCGUGGGCGUGGUCGUGGUGACGGACAUCGGCGUCAUCCCGAUCAACUCCCGUGGCGAGAAACAGCGCAUGCACCUCCGUGACGGCUUCUUACAAGACCAGCUGGACCCCAUCUAUGUGGCCUACAACAUGUAGCCUGACUGUGUGUGUGUGUGUGUGUGUGUGUGUGUGUGUGUGUGUGUGUGUGUGUGCGCGCGUGCGUGCGUGCGUGCGUGCGUGUGCGUGCGUGUUGAGGAGUGAGUGAGCAUGCGUUUGUAUGCCGUGCAUAUCGCCGUUGUUGUUCAUUUAUUUCCCAAAAUCAAGAUGUACUGUAUUUUUGAACCUGCAUAUGGUGUGGUGUUAAAGUCGUCCGUUUUCUUUAAAGUCGUGUUGUGCCGGUUGGUUGAUUGAUUGAUUGAUUGAUUGAUUGAUUGGCUGGUUGACCGAUUGAUUGAUUGCGCAGUGGUGGUAUGAUCAUUUUUACAACCCCGUUCAAUCUCGUGACCGUUACCGGGAGCUCGUCACUGUAGAAAGCCUUAGGGGAACACUGUGUACGGGGCGACAGCUCCAGUCGUCACACCGUUUUUCAGAGGUUUUAGGAGGUAAAAUUAGAGAGAGAAAAAUACUAGAGACUGUGUCUGUCAUCAUGUUUUACUGGUCGAAUAAAAAAAAAUCCCAGAUUUGUGAUAUUAUUUCAAUUAGGACAGGGGCAGCCAGAUAAUUGUAAAAAUAUAAAUAUUGUACAUAGACAUAAUAAUCUAUAUGGAGAGGUACCUAAAACACAUUGAGGUAUAGUAGCCCCUAUAUGCAGCUCUCUCCACCUGCACCCUGUGUGUGUGAGUGUGUGUGUGUGUGCCGAGUGUGUGUCUCUGUCUGUGAGUGUGUGUUCAUCAUGUGUAAAUGUGUGUGACAGGGACAUUUUACAUGGUUUUAAUGUGAAUCACGCCACAGAUUUUAUCCUCAAAUGAACAAAGGAGAAACAAUUUUAUGGAGAGUUGAAACACUAAAAGCUGAACCUGUUUUAACUGAAAACAUCAAAGAAAACUACAAACUGUGUGUUUUCAGAGUCCAAAGUGUGAGUGGUACGUUAAAAAAAAAUAUCCAUGAGCUUGAAGGACAAAAACUGCUUUUUUCUCAUGUGGAGUUUCAAACCACUGAACCAUUUUAAGGCAAAAAACCAAACACAAUUUUAAAUACAAUGUAAGUGCAAUGUAUAUUAAUAAAAUAGUUCAUUUAAAGCAAAAAAUUAACUUGCACAAUAGUCAUUAUUUUAUAUCAUCCCAGUCAACCAGUUUUUCAGUUAUACAAAAUGACCUGUAGAAUAUGGAGGCCUGAAGCUGCCAAAACAAAUGAAUGAAUGACUAAAACAACUCGAACCUUUUUUUGAUAUAUUUGAUGUCUUUUCAAUUUAUAUAUCAAAUCAUUCAUUUAUUUCAAGGAUGCACAGAUUUAUCAGCCACACGUUGGUAUCAGCCAACAUUGGCCUUGUUGACUGCCUGUCAGCAAAUAUGAUGACAUUUACAGAUGGCAGCGGCUGAUUUGUUUUUUGUUGUGUCACAUCAGUUUUGUGCACACUACAAAGCAUUGCUGGAGAAACAUUAUGAUGUGUUCAAGCUCUAUAUAGUGAAAAUGAGUAUUGGGCAAAGGUAAAUAAUAACAUUCUCAUGACACGCUCAAAUGUCAUCUUGUAAAACAGUUUUUGGCAAGAAACUUGGAUAAAUACAGUUUUACGGAGAAAGUUGUUUUCACAGCAAUACAAAAUGCAUACUGGGCUCAUGAUACAUUAUAUAAUUAUUAAAAAUGUUUUCAUGUGAAAGAAGGUUAUUUUAAAGUGCUAAUUCAAAUGUAGUGUAAUGAAGGAUUGAUUGACAUUAAUAUUUUUUUAUAUUGAAGAUUUCUUUGUUUCCCCGUACAAAUGGGGAAUCAAUAACACAAAAAAACAAAAUAAACAACAAACAUCAGUAUCGGCUGAGAAUUUCACAAUCUGUGCAUCCCUACUUUAUUUAUUAAUUUAUUGUUGAUUUUUGCAGCUUCCAUCCUCCAGAGAAUUAAACCUGUGAACUUCAGCCCUCAAAGAAUCUCAACGAGUAAAGUGCACUGUGUGAAUAGAAAAGAGGGAAUAUUGUUAUUAUUAAAAGGGACUUUAUGGGAGAAGUUUAUCCCCAAACUGGGUGUAGUAACACACACCUCUUGGCUAGCUGUGAAUUAUGGGGGUUAUCAGACUGUCACUGACUCUGCAGGUCGAAAAGCAAAAAUUAUGUGGAAUAAUUCAGCAUUUGUUUACAUCCCUGUGGAUAAAGUAUCGAAUGACAUCAUCUCAUUCUUCUUCUUUCUCAUCUUUUAUCGUCUUUUUAUCAGAAGAAAAGAGAAACUUUAUGCAUAUCAGAGGUUGCUUAGCGCUUGUUUGGCUAACAUUGCAGUUUGGGUUUGUUGGUAGCAGCGUAGCGGUCAUGUUUCAGUCCCUGCCUGUGUGUGCUUGUGUGUGUGUGGUGGAAGAUGUUGGAUAAGAAGGAAAAUCCCAUCAAAAACUCGGAGGACUCGUCUGCGUGUUCAGGACCGGAUGGGAGAUAGACUGCAUGGUGUGUGUGUGUAUGUUUGUGCACAUGUGUGUGUAUGUGUGUGUGUGUGUGUGUGUGUGUGUGUAUAUUGUAUGUAAAUAGUGUUGAUUUUGUACGGUACAAGUGUGUGUGACUUGUUUUGUACACAUGAUAAAAAGAUUAAAUGACACUUUUAUAAGAGCCUGCUAUUGGCUCACCGUCACACUAUACAGUGCAAUAAAGUGCUUUGA